CGUCCCGGUGAACGCGCGCCUCUCGCUGUGCGCGCUAAUGCAGGCUGCUCUCGUCGACGAUCACUUGUGAACCCCUUGUCCUACAAAGAAGACACGACUCAAUAGUUAAUCCCAAUAUUUUGGCGGUACCGUGACUGGGCCACAAUUCUUUAUUUAGCCGCAACGCGGCGUCGCUUUCGGCAGCGAUUGUUUUCUUUACACGAGAGCCGUCUUUCCCCUACAACGGAGGAAUGCACAUGGUUGUUGCGUGACGCGGUGUCGUGAAUGUGAGUGGUGGUGCGCCCGACCUGGAAGACUACACCGGUGUGGCUGACGCGCGCACCAGCACGCCUGCUUUCUUUGCCGGGAAUACGCAAUUUGAUGCUCUGCAAAACCAUGGGUCUGCACCUUGGAAGGCAUGUCGUCGUUGCAGUGGUUCCCGGAUCCCGACCGACGAUCGGAGGGCUGGUUCCUGACCGGCAGCGCGGCGCCACUGAUGGCGUUGCUGGCGUUGUACGUGUACGCCGUCAAGGUGCUUGGUCCGCGGGCCAUGAAGGGCCGUGCGCCCUUGCACAUCCAGCCACUGGUGCUCGCGUACAACUUGUUCAUGGUGCUCAACUGUGCCUUCUUCUUGGCCGAGUUCGUGCGGCUGGCGUUUAUCGAGAACGGCUACAGCUUGUUGCUACAGGAGGUCGACUCGUCCAUGCGGCCGGCAACGUUACGGCUUGUGAGACUUUCGUGGUGGUAUUACAUGUUCCGCAUCUUCGAGUUUACCGAGACCCUCUUCUUCGUGCUGCGCAAGAAGUUUGGGCAGGUAAGCGGCCUGCACGUAUUCCACCACUGCGUGAUCGCGUGGAACAUGUGGAUCUGCGUGACCUACGGGGCCCAGGCGCAGACCAUCUUCGUGACGUGCAUGAACACUUUGGUGCACUUAGUCAUGUACUCCUACUACUUCCUGGCUGCACUUGGGCCGCGCGCCCAGCCGUUUCUUUGGUGGAAGCGGUACCUGACGCAGGUGCAGCUGGUGCAGUUCGUGGUUCUGAUGGUGCACAACUCACUUCCGCUGUUCUUCGCGGGUCACUUCGUGCGCCCAUUCUCGGUGAUCCUUGUCGUCGAGGGACUCAUCUUUUUCGCCUGGUUCUCGGCCUUCUACCUGGAUACCUACCGCCGCUCCAAGGCGGCGGUCAUGCUCUUCGAGUGUCACAAGACCGACUAAAGGACAGCGCAUCAGUGCUCUUGGCCUUCCGAGGAAGCUUUAGUUCGGCAGCUCUCAUCCAUUACGGACAUUACGGAGUGAUUUAGGCGGGUCCCCGAAGCUCCAAAUUUCUAGUGGUCGUGACUGCACAACCAUGCAUAACCAGUACUCGCUGCGCGGGGAGUACAAAAACAUCGCCGCGGCGCACCCUGUCACCAAGCACCAUCGCGCAUGCAAACGUGGCAUCAUUUUACAAAAAUAUUAUUUUUCUGACAUGGUAAUAGUCGCAGUGCAGAUACAAAAUACGCGUUCGCAGCUGUGGUUUCGCAGUGUCCAUGACGUUGCGCUGCUGAGCACAUCACAAUGGGGCGGAAUGAUCUAAAAAAAACUCUCGGUAGGAGACCGCAUGGUCAGCUACAAAGAAAUAACCGAUUACUGUCGGCUGUCAAGGGAGUGGUACCCAUCCCACGCUAACCAUGCGGUAGCCUGGCGCCUUCUGCAAACCCGGUGGCCUGCAGCAGAUACCAUCCAGGGCAAUCAUUGCAAGUUAUGUAAAGACAGGGCGGAUCUGCCACCCAUGCUCCUUUCAAUGGCUGCAAAAUUGCAAACCUGCUGCUCCGACCAGGUCUGGGCAGCCCGGCGGCCAUCCGCUCGGCGCAGCGAGGCCCUCGUCACUGCUGGCAUCGGUCGAAUCUCGGUGGUCGAAAUGACUCCAGAACCCACCUCAAAAUCAGAUUGGGCACAAGAGCUCGACAUUAGGUUUGCCUUAAUUGUCUGUCCAUUCCGUGACGCUGACAAAUAACGAUCAUUUCUGUCAAGCCAUGUCGCCAUUGCCACGACGAGAAGCAAAAGAAAAGCUCUCGACACUUGGGGUUGAACCCAUGCCAGUCGAACACGGUAACCACUGAGCUACCGUGACAUUCAUUUUCAUUUUUUACAGGGAAGCAAAACAGUGAAGGGCAAUUAGUGCAAGGCAUUACGCUUCGCACAGGCUCUGAGAGCAGUGACGGCUGUGCAUGUAUUUCGGAGGCCUUAAUGAGGAGUACUGACGUGGACAAGGAUUACACUGCGUAGCAUCGCAUCUUGACAUGACGAUGGUGUGUCUGCGUGCAAUUCUUCGUGGCCAUGCUCGUGAAAACAGCAUAGGUGGCACAAAGCGGGCAUGCAUGACAAUCAUGAUGAUAAAUGUCACUAUCGCGCUUCAACUCUACUGAUGGAUUACCAAAUACAGCCCGCUCCCAAGCCAUGCUCGAUGAUAACCCUCAAACAUGGCGCAUACAACCAAUAGAGAAUCUGCCCAGGUGGUUGGUGAAAAACAACGUCGAAAGCAUCGACAUCAAAACCUACAGAGCGGACGCAGUCACAACACCCCAUUGUUUACAUAGUAGCUCACAGGCGCUAAGCGCCCUCUAUAGCAACACUGCAAAUGUCCAGAAAGAAAUACCUCAAAUUUGGUAAGGUGCACUGCUUUAUUUCGAUAGUGACAUAAAUUGCAGUAAAUGAUUUGGCCUCAGAGUUGAUUAUUCUAUGGGUAAGCACUUUAAAACGAGUCAUUGAGCCUAAAAACGCGUAGAAUCUAUCGCAGUGAUUGCAUCUUCACUUGCGGCCUUAACAUUGAUUUACAAAGAAAAAUUGUGUAAGAAGACCAAGUGUGUGCAAUGUUAGUGGCUGCUAGUUUCUGUGCUACGUGAUUUUGUAGCGCAGAAAUACCACAAAGAAAAGAGCGACAGACGUCUUGUUUUAUGCUUUUAUAAAAAUAUUGUACACACAAAAAAAAACGCGCUCUUCGCCUUUCCUGUAUUUUUGCGCUACAAUAGGCCUCUUCGAUUAUCCGUCUCUGACAGUCGCGGACUGUCCGGGACCCUGCAUACACAAUGCUCAUUGGCUGAAAGCACCGCCCCAGACACUCCGAGACUGUGAGGAACGGAUAAUCGAAUAGGCCAAGUAUCAUGUCGUUUCGCAAACUUACACUUUAUUGAAAUCACGUAAACUUAUAUACGUAUUGUAAGCAACGAAUGCCGUCACCACCACCGGUCCCCGUUUUCUAAGAAAAGAGGGGACACAUUUCGGAGAUGGUCCCGGACGAACGGUUCGCAUGUCUGCAACCUCGACCCCGGUCCAGCCCCCUGACCACAAGCCGCGCGUUUUACGACCUUGUCUACUGUAUCCUCUUUUCGUUGGAAGUAACACUGCGUAUCGAGGAGCAACGCUAUCCUGUUUGCUCCCCCGAGUUCGCGAGGCACGCUUUGAGUGGGAGCCGCUUGGGGCGACUGUAGGCGUGUGUGCUACUUUGCUUAGCGAAUUUCUGGACUUCUGGUCCAACCGCGCACUUGGUCCAACCGCGCACAUGGUUCAACCAAGUGCCAGUGUAAUUGCUAGUGUUGGGACUCGGGUAGCGCUUGGGCCGGUAAUCCUUUAACCAUAGGCGAUGAGUACGCCCCGGAGUAAAGCGAGAGAAAAAGGGUUUAUUCUACAUAUUUACAGUGGCUCCAAAUAUGGAAGCCCAGUCCAUGGGGGAGCUCACUACAUGUCUGAGCACAUAUCAGAACACACACACAGCACUGAAGGUGUCUGCUUAUAAAACAUUGGUCUUCCCUAGUUGACCCGACUAUGGAAUCUGAUGACCUUGGUGCGGCCAAUCAGAGGGGUCGUAUUGUUUACACGACUCCUCCUCUAAUGUUGCACCUUCGAAGCAAGGACGAGUCAAUCUGGAAACAGGGGAUUCACACUCCUUCUGCGAAAGUCGUCUCCCCGGUUUCUCUCUCUCAGUGACGUUCGUCUUGCCAGGGUCGGGAGAGUGACCUUCGCGCUCGUCGCCGCUUCCACAAAAGGUUGUGGUCGCUCGUCAGCUUCUUUGUCAUCGCGUCCCAGCCGGUGUCGCGCCGGGUAGGUGGCCGCUGAUCAAGGCGGUGGCAUCGGGCGGAACACACAAACGAUGCGCCCUGCCGAUUUGGGGCGCUCGUUUGCCCGUCAACGUCGGUGUCGGGUGCCGUCGCGGUCUGGUCGACGGUGAUGAAAGGGCCUGCCUCGAUGGGAAAAAUCAAAUAAUGCGCCCGGCCGAUUCGGCACGCAACAGACUCCUCCCCCGCCGGAAGAUCCGACCUGAGGGUGACCAGCUGUCAGGUUGCCCGAAGCGUCGGUGGUCAGUCGUGAACUCUGGGUUUGUUCUUGAAAUGAUGGCCGUUGACACACUCGAGCACGAGGUCCCAGCAUUAACCUCGUUGUGGCCUUCUCCCUGGAAAUACACAAGCACACACACGACCACAUGGCACAGGAAAGCGGCUUGCUCGCACCGAGAGCCAUCGGGUCUAGCGGACAAAUCAACGCACCUGCUAUUAUCUAAUAAUAGCACCAAAGCAGCCAUCAACUCACGAAACCUUCGCUGAAGCCCACAAUUUUGAGAUUAGACCAGGAUUCACAACUUUUUCGCAACUUUUGACACUUAAGAAUCAUUCCCAGUGACAAAUCACACCACGGUGCACUUGAAAGCGCCCGAAAUCUUUUUAAAUCCACCAGGCCUCGCUUAACCCAAUAAUUUAGACCCGAACUUUUGUGCCGCCAAAGCGAGCGCAAAAGUACCUCUGAGUUCAACAAUAUUAAAUCGCUCUGCUGCAGAGAGCAAAGGUUGAAUACUUGAAAAUGCUCUAAAUAAAUGAUAAAUGAAAUAUCAUACGCAGCACAAACGCCAUGAACAGUCUUACAUCCGCUAGUGUCGCACGUAUUAGUGCCACUGCAGCCACAUUUGCAUCAUGGAUGUACUGCCAGAGUCGCUUUAACUUUGCGAACAAAACUCACAUGUAAUAUGAGUUUCGCCUCCAUCGAAAUGCGGCCGCGGCGGCCGCAUUUCGAUGGAGGCGAAAUGCAAAAACGCCCGUGUGCUUGCGAUGUAGUGCACGUUAAAGAACCUCAGGUGGUCAAAAUUAAUCCAGAGCCUCAGAACUGGUUUUGGCAUGUAAAACGCCAGGAAGAAGAUGCAUCAUGGAUGUACUGUCAGAGUCGCUUUAAACUUUGCGGACAAACCUCACAUGUAAUACGUGCGAC